AAGAAAGAGUACGAGAUCGAAUGGAGGGCGACGCCACUACAGGAUCAUAACGUACGUGUGACGUGUGCAAUGACGCGCAUACUGCUUUAAAACGAAGCGCCGCCUUUCAGUCGCUCUCUUUCAAUCGGUCUGGGGACAAAAUGUCUCACCGUAAAUUUUCGGCCCCACGCCACGGCUCUCUGGGCUUCCUGCCCCGCAAGAGGUGCAAACGCCAUCGUGGCAAGGUGAAGAGUUUCCCUAAAGAUGAUCCCAGCAAGCCCGUUCACCUGACUGCUUUCCUUGGCUACAAGGCUGGCAUGACCCACAUUGUCCGUGAGGUUGACAGACCUGGCUCAAAGGUCAACAAAAAGGAGGUGGUUGAGGCUGUGACCGUUGUGGAGACUCCUCCCAUGAUUGUGGUGGGUGUUGUUGGUUAUGUCAUGACUCCUCGUGGCCUGCGCUCUUUCAAGACCAUUUUUGCUGAGCACAUUAGUGAUGAGUGCAAGCGUCGCUUCUAUAAGAACUGGUACAAAUCCAAGAAGAAGGCUUUUACCAAGUACUGCAAGAGGUGGCAAGAUGAAGAGGGCAAGAAGCAGCUGGAGAAAGACUUUGCCUCCAUGAAGAAGUACUGCCAGAUCAUUCGCAUCAUUGCCCACACACAGAUGCGCCUGCUGCCCCUCAGACAGAAGAAGUCUCACUUGAUGGAGAUUCAGCUGAAUGGAGGCUCUAUUGCUGAUAAGGUUGACUGGGCAAGAGAGAAGCUUGAGCAGGCAAUUCCCAUCGUUAACGUCUUUGGUCAGGAUGAGAUGAUUGACGUUAUUGGUGUUACCAAGGGUCAUGGGUACAAGGGUGUGACAAGCCGUUGGCACACAAAGAAGCUGCCCCGUAAGACCCAUCGUGGUCUGCGUAAGGUGGCCUGUAUUGGAGCCUGGCACCCUGCUCGUGUAGCUUUCUCUGUGGCUCGUGCUGGUCAGAAGGGCUACCACCACCGCACUGAGAUCAACAAGAAGAUCUACAAGAUUGGUGCUGGCUAUCACACAAAGGAUGGAAAAGUAGUUAUGAACAAUGCCUCUACUGAAUACGAUCUGUCCAACAAGAGCAUCAACCCCCUGGGUGGCUUUGUGCACUAUGGUCAAGUGACUAAUGACUUCAUCAUGCUGAAAGGCUGUGUGGUCGGAACCAGGAAGAGGGUUUUGACUCUGCGCAAAUCUCUUCUGGUCCAGACCAGUCGCCGUGCCCAGGAGAAGAUCGACCUAAAAUUCAUCGACACUACCUCCAAAUUCGGUCAUGGACGUUUCCAGACCAUCGAGGAAAAGAAAAGCUUCAUGGGGCCCCUCAAGAAAGACCGCCUUGCCAAGGAGACUUCAUAAUUUUACUCUGCCACUGCUCUGUUUGGGGUUGUCAUGCAGUACUGUGUUGUGGUUUAAUAAAA